GGGAACAUGGCGAUAGUAAUGGGUCGUCCAGCAGUGUUCCUGUUUUGGAUGAUUUUCCUAUGGUCAAGAGUAGCACUAUCCCUUGGAACAGAAUCGUCCAUCCUCGUAUCUGUUGAGGGCACUUCCCUUAGUGGAAUAUACAUUUACAAGGGCGAUAGUACCAGCGUCACGAAGACAUCUCCAUAUAAUUUCACCAGCUUGGGAUCAAGUAAUGUUCAGAUCAGGAGCAUGGAUGUUAAUGUAGCCAAUGGAUCCAUCUACUUCUUUGACAGAAUUUCUCGAUGCAUAUAUCGUUUGCAUUCAGUCAAUGUCGAAAAUGUCCACUGCGGAAUUUCAAGCUCAGUAUUCACCUCGAUAGCGUAUGAUUGGGUAAGUGGAAACAUGUACUGGACAGACGGCUUGUUUAACUGGAUAGCGGUCCAGCCUGUUGAUGCAGUUGACAAGAGCAUGUUCAGAGUCAUAAUCCAGGAUGAUAUAGAAAAUCCAAGAGCCAUUGCUGUGGAUGGUGUAGCAGGAUAUGUUUUUUGGUUUGAUAUAUCACCAUCUGGCUACCGGAUAGAACGAUCAUUGCUUGAUGGAACCUCCCGAACCCCAAUCAUCACUACUAGCUUGUUGAACGUACAAGAUAUUGAAAUAGACACGAUCGCCAGGAGGCUUUACUGGACAGACGACUGGAGAUACGCCAUUGAAUCUUCACUGUAUGACGGAACGGACCGUAAAGUUUUGUACAAACAUUUGAAUAUCAAGUUUCGAUCCAUUACAGUAGAUACGAAUCAUGUGUGUACGACUCUCUAUAGCAUUGAUGGAUGGUAUUGUUUUUCCAAAUCAACCGGAAGCAUUACUUUUUCUCGCUCCAGCGAGUUUUCUUUAACGGACCCAGUCAUAAUUACCAUUUCUAAGGAAGAUAUGAGGCCUCGUGUGACUGGUAGUUGCUCGACAUUGGGAUGUGAACACUUUUGUGUAAAUCUCCAACCAAGUGGUAAAUGUAUGUGUAAGGAGGGAUACACGCUGGAUACAGACGGAUUACACUGUACAGAAAACCAUCCGCUUUAUAGUAAAGCAUUUGUGGUGUCCAACUCCACCAACAUCUGUAUGUUGAGUUUCCGUGCAGUAACAGGCUACAAUGAUCCUCUUCGUUGUGUUGGUAACGUUGUACAAGGUUGUCAGCUUCUGACUGUCGACACAAGUAACAAACUUAUCUACUACGUUGACACAACAUCAAACUUCAUCAGAGAGUACAAUAUGGCUACAGACACAAGCCGCCAGAUCACAACAGCCAAUACUGUGUCCGGGAUGGUAUUUGAUUGGACAGAUGGAAACCUGUAUUGGUCUGAAUCUACUACUGGCAAGGUGAAAUAUGUAACGAUAGCAACACUUGCUGCCAAGGAACUCGUAGAUGUCUCUUCGCCUCCUUCUCGCCUAACCAUAGAUCCACACAACAGGACACUUUUCUGGGUGGAGGGGACAAGUGGAUAUGAAAUGAAGAUUGUAUCAAUGUCCCUGGCUAGCAAUGAGAAAUCCGUCAUACUGACCUAUCGAUCACCUGCCUUUAUAAGGGACAUAUUCUUUGAUGUUUCAAGCGACAGAUUGUACUUUGUCCAGCACAGUUCACUUUUCAGCGUGAAGCGAAACGGCAGUGAUAGAGAAUAUGUGUACUCAGGUCUUUCGCCUUCUGUGGACAAAAUGGCAAUCUACAAGAGAUAUGCAAUCUGGUCUACGACUACAAGCUCAGAUUUAAAAUCCUUGUCUCUUCAAUCAAAAUCUCUACAAACCACCAAUUUGACAAACAGCAUCGGAGGUCCGUGCUCUGUUUUAAAUGGUGGAUGUGAACAACUUUGCACGACAGGUGUAAGCGGAAAUGCUGUUUGCGCGUGCUCAUAUGGAUUGAAUAUUCAAACCGAUGGAAAAAGUUGCACCAGUGAGCCUCAAUCGUCCAACUUUCUACUGGCAGUCGACUUUAAUCAUGGUACACUCUUUCAAAUAUCUACAACUGACGCACAAAUAGCAGCUCUGGACAUAAACUCAGUUGAAAGACCGACUGAUGCCGUUUUUGAUCCGAAAACAUCAUUUGUAUUUUGGAGUGAAAGAAACGAUGGCACUAUUAGGAAAUCAACAUUAAAUGGAAGCAGUUCAGAAACAAUUUACACAAGAUCGGAUUUCAGCUCCUACGUAGACGCAUUAGUCAUGGACCAUUCCAGUGGUAUUCUGUAUUAUGCGAUGUCAGGCAAAACUUCACUUGGAAAUGUUGGAGUACUCAAACCUUCUACGGGAUUGGCUAAAACUCUGGUGGAAGACUUGAACAAUGUAGAGGCUUUAGCCUUGUAUCCAUCGAAAGGACUGAUGUUCUAUACGCAUCAUGAUCGGGAUGAUACCUUUCUAAACAUCGUUAGAGCUUCAAUGGACGGAACAUCUUCGAGUGUUAUCAUCGCAUUGGACGCCGACGACUACCUUACAAACCUAGCCAUUGACUACAAAACUGACCGACUGUACUGGUCAUCUCUAAGGGGAAACGCGUACGUAGAGUGGAGUAGUUUGUCAGGAUCUGGACGGACCAAAUUCAACACUCCUUUUUCAAGAAUACGAUCUAUUGAUAUAGAUGGCAAUUUUAUAUACCUUACGUCUGAAAGAAAACAUAAAGUUGUAAAGAUGAAUCUUCUGAGUGGGACCGAAGUGGCGUUUAUGUCAGAAAACGCUGAAUUAGGAUUCUUACUGAACAUACAUGCGUACCCAGGACAGCUACAACCAGUGAGUUCCGUCUGUGCAAACAACAAUGGCGGAUGUAGUACCUUCUGUCUACCCUCAUCGUCACCUUCGUCAUCAUACUGCGCAUGUCAGGAUGGUACAGACCUCAAGUCGGAUGAUCCUUACACGUGUCAAGGAGUAACACGAUGUCCGCCAGCCAUAUCCAAUGGAAGGUUAAAAGAUCCGUGCACACGUAACGCUGCUGAUGUGUGUACAUUCCAGUGUGAUUCGGGCUAUACCAGUACAGUAGCGUCUGACACAUUGACGUGUGGACAGGAUGGACAAUGGAGUGAAAAUCUUCAAGUGAUCUGUCAAGUUACACGAUGUCCGUCAGCCAUACCUAAUGGAAUGUUAAAAUAUCCGUGCACACGUAACGCUGCUGAUGUGUGUACAUUCCAGUGUGAUUCGGGCUAUACCAGUACAGUAGCGACUGACACAUUGAUGUGUGGACAGGAUGGACAAUGGAAUGAAAAUCUACAACAGCUCUGUCAAAUUGAAUCUGAUACUGCCGCCAACACAAAGGAUAAUGAUCAGCAGACAAUGGUAUACGUAGGAGCUGGACUUGCUGGCCUGGCAAUCUUAUCGGUUACCAUAGUGACGAUCGUAUGUGUUGUAGUUAAAAGAAGCAGGCGUCGCUUACCCAGUGUAAGAGGGGACAAGAAGUGAACCGAACGUAUAUUAUACACCUAAUCAACAAGUGCCUCACCAGCAAUUGAUGUCAGCUCCAGGAAUGGUAAACCAAGCAAUGUAUAACUUAGCAUGCCCGACACAAGAGAAAAUAUCAAGUCAUCAUACCAUGGCAGUUCAAACUCCACCAUACUCAGUGAGGCCAGAAUCCACGUAUGAUACCAUACCUGCAAACCAAAAUGACUACAGUGACCCGGCUCCCCCCUACGAGGAGCCAGCAUCGAUCCAAUACGGUCCCUCAGCGAGAUCGCAGCCAACGAUUCUUUCGGUGCAAAGAGGGAACGACGAUUAUAUGACAUUGAUUCGCUAAGGGAAUGGACAUUGAGAUAACUAUUUCCACGGGAUAGUUUGCUAUUAUUGGCUUGAUGUAUAAAAAAACUGACUGUCCCAAUGAAUACAUUGAAUUUUAAUAUUGAUAUCUGAUCAAAUAUCUAACUAUCUAUGCCGUUUUAAGUUAUAGGCGGAUGGUUAAGCGAUAGUUGUUCCAUCUUUCGGUCAUUAUAUUUACAUGGAAUAUGAUAUCAAGUAGUACUCUUUUUUAUCUGGUUUUGUAAGUAAGCAAUAUUCCACAUGAAACUACGUUUCCUUCAUACACAAUAGACAAAUAUAUACAAUGUAUGACGGAAGCUAGAAACGUAGAAGAAAAACCAAUAUUAACUCGUAACGCUUACAUUUUAUAAGAUUAUUGUCACGUCCAAAUGGUAUUGACGUUAUAUGCUUCGUUUAUUUGUCAAACAUGCUUCCUAUUGGUAUCUAUGCGUUACCAAUGUACAUAUCAGACUCACCUCCCUUAUUGAAAUUUCAUUUGAGGGAAGUCGCUUUAUAUAGUACCCCUUAGGUAUUGUCAUUUGCAGUAAUCACUCGAUCAAGAGAUUCUACAAUUUUUGCUUAUUUUACAUGUAGUUUUUAUACCCACUGGAUUUAGUUAAAGGCCUCUAAUUUUGUUUCUACUGUUUUGUGAAAAUUUUAAUUACAAUUCAAUAGCAAAUUUGGCUAUCAUAAUACCAUAAUUUUAUCUGAUUUUUCUUUACAUCUUUUAAAAUCCAUAUGAUUAAUACAGUUCAAUCUAGAAAUCCAUUCACUUGUUUAUUAUAAGUCAAUAUUGUCAUAACAAGCAUUCCCAUUUGUUUAUUUUAUUAUUCCUUAACGUAAAAGAUGACGUCGCCGUUUAUGACGUCGCUUUUAGUUGGCGGAUGGAGCAGCGUAAUGAUUUGUGAGAGGGAAGAGUUCAUCAAUAAAGUGAUUUGUUCCAGGGUAUAGGUUCAAUCAUAAGGAUUAAGUUAAAUAUAUUGUAUUGUAUUUGAGUUAUAACACACAAAAACCCAGAGUAGGGUACACUCCGUUUUUGUGUUAUACCUCAAUAACAUAAAAUAUAUUUAACUCAAUCAUUAUGGUUGAACCUAUACCCUAUACAACUUAAUACUUAAAUAAUAGUGCAUUUGCUUGUGGUAUUUUCCAUAUUUAUCAUAACAUGUUCUGCGGUAAAUGAUUCGCACAACAAUUCAUGAAAGAAAUCGGGUAUAUCGAUAUUGUGAGUGUGAAAUCGCAUCAUCAUGUGUGUAUUUUAUGUGUUUUAACUAUGACAUAAAUGAUAUAAAUAACUAUGCUUAAUUGGAGACGUUGUUUACUAAAUUAUAAUAUACCAUUUACAUAUUUUAUUUCACAUGAUCAAUUUGUAAGAAUAAAAGGUUAUCCAUAUGUUAAAUGUAAACAUUAAUCAGGAGUCAAGCUUGGUCAAUGAUAAUCCUUUUUGAGGGUUACGUGUUGACGCACAUAAAAAAUGAUUCUAUUAUUCAAGAAUAAGUUGAAUCACAGAAAGAUAUUAAUGCAACAGACAGAAAACAGCAUAUACAGGAUAUUAACGGCAACAGGAAGGGAAAGCAAGGAAGAGGAAAGAGGUUGAGAUGGGGAGUCAAGGGGCAUGGACACAAUGGGAGACGAUGAGAAGAAGAUGUCAUGGACAGAGUUCUGCAUAUACGCAGUAUGGCAGCUCAGUAAAUUCUCAAGGAUGUAUGUGAUGUGCUUCCAACAACGUAUGUAGUUAGCGGCAUAAUGAGGUGUUAACGAAACUUGCACAGGUUGAACACAAUGAGGGAUUGACACCAUCAGGAUAGCAUGAAAUGCCAACCUGAGUAUUCUUGGAGGAGCAGAAACUCGGAGACGUAUUGAUAUCAACCAACAAGAAGAAACUAGUUAUGGUGAAACUGAAUUUGCCCGCGGAAGACGUGUGAAUCAGCAGAUGACCGGAAGAAGAACAAGUACGCAGAGCGAGCAGACGAGUGUUGUAAAAAAGACCGAACGCCAUGGAACUUUCUUUAGAGGAUUCCCUGUUAAAUCUGGCUGGAGGAUGCUUUAGCCCUCGGUAUUACAUUUUUCCUAAUAAAUAACUAUAGUAUGUCUAUUACAAUGUCAUUUUCCUUUAUUUUUCUUCCAUUAUUACAGCAUUCUUAUUUAAUAGUUUUGCUAUUAUCUUUUUAACAUUUUUGAUAUUGUCAUUUACAGUUUACGAUUUUUGUGGUUGCCUAUUUAAUCUACAAGUACAUUUUCCGCAUAUGUCCAUUUUAUAGCAUUACUACUUUUGACUCUAGGGAUAUACAAUGCAUGCUGGUUUUCUCUCAUUAUAUUCCUUUUUAAGUUUAGAAAAAUUGAUUUUGAAUUGAAAUCGCCCGCGUCCCAUAGUCUGCCGUCUAUCUGUCCAUAAAUAGUUCUUGUAUUGCUAUAAACAGUCUUUUUAUUGCUUUUUCUUGGGAAGUUUGGGAAAGAUUAUUAUGAACAUUCAUACGUAGAUUGUCCUUAGUUCCUAGUUUAAUAACGAGUCUAAUCCAGAAAACAAAAUGGCUGACAGUUGAAGUUAAGCAUUGCUAUUUCUAAUUUACAGAAAUUCUGUCACAUAUCUUACAUUUCAUAUUUAGGUUCUCCUUCUAAUCAAAUAAUUAAAAUACAGAAAAGAUCAGUCUAACAUCGAAAAAAUUUGGAUCAUUCAAUGGUGGGCGCAAAUAACCCUCUUGGAUCACGUUUCUUGUAUAUUUGCCAAUUUAUUCAGAAAUAUUGUCUAAUGUAUUGUACACAUAAUUUUAUUUAAAAAAGAACCUUCGUCUGUCAAUAAACAAUAGGAAAUAUA